CCACAGAAUGCCGUGAUGUCAUUAUGGGGCACAAGCCAGAACCAGCAAGGGGGUUCAGUGUUGGAUGUUUGGGGGCAACACCAGAGUGCUCCACACACCUCAGCAAGAUCCACUGCCUCUGGCUCCAACGUGGGGGAUAACUUGGCAUCUAUCAAAUAUACAUCCUCCAGCAUGGAGAGGAAGAUGAGCGAUAAGAGUUGCAGCAUCUCCAAUGAACUGCGCCGGGAAGGGAGAUUCUGUGAUGUGAUCAUCAGUGUGGAUGGGGUGGAAUUCAAGGCUCACAAGCUCAUCCUCUCUUGCUGCAGUAUCUACUUCAGGAGUCUGUUUACCAACUGGGACAGCACAGACAAGACGGUCUAUCAUAUCCCUGGCAUUUCAGCUGAAAUGAUGGGUCUCAUCAUCCAUUACGCCUACACCGGGACAGUGCCGAUCACAGAGGACAACGUUGAGAGCUUACUGACUGCAGCAGAUCAGUUUAAUGUCAUGGGCAUUGUCAGCCUGUGCUGCGAGUUCCUCAGUUCCAGGCUGUGCUUUGAGAAUUGCAUUGGCAUUUGCAGACUCGCUGGCUAUUACUACUGCCCCGACCUGCGCGCAGCUGCCUGCGUGUACAUCCUGCAUCACUUCGAGGAGGUGUCCCGAGUGUCCGAGGAGUUCCUAGACCUCUCUGCUGAGGAGCUGGCACACAUCAUUGAGAAGGACGAGCUUAACGUGCGGCGAGAAGAAGCCGUGUUUGAGGCUGUGGUGAGGUGGAUCGCUCAUGACCCGCAGAACAGGAGGCAGCACAUCGCCUGCUUGCUCAGCAAGGUGCGACUGGCACUCCUACGAUCCGACUACUUCAUGAACAACGUCAAAGCUCACGAGUACGUGAGAGACAAUGCCAGCUGCAAAGAUAUCAUCAUCAGUGCCCUGUCUGAAAUCUACGACCUGAACUCCUCUGGCCAGAGUUCCUCAGUCAAUGCCGACCUACUCACCCGGCCGCGCCUGCCCUACGCCAUCCUCUUCGCCAUCGGGGGCUGGAGCGGCGGCGGCGCCACCAGCGCCAUCGAGACCUACGACGGCCGCACCGACAAGUGGCUGAACGUCCCCCGGGAGCAAGGGAGCCCCGUUGCCUAUCAUGGCUCGGCUUAUUUGAAAGGCCACGUCUAUGUUAUUGGUGGAUUCGAUGGCACAGAUUAUUUCAACGUCGUCAGGCGGUUCGAUCCGCUCCACAAGACGUGGCAGCAGGUAGCACCCAUGCACUCCCGGCGCUGCUACGUCAGCAUCACCGUUGUGCAUAACUCCAUCUAUGCCAUGGGAGGGUUUGAUGGGUACAUGCGGCUCAACACAGCAGAGCGCUACGACGCAGACACCAACCAGUGGACCCUCAUCACCCCCAUGCACGAGCAGAGGAGCGACGCCAGUGCAACCACGCUGAAUGGAAAGGUUUACAUCUGCGGUGGGUUUGAUGGUGAUCAGUGCCUCAGCUCAGCUGAAGUGUUCAACCCUACCACAAACCAGUGGUCCCUGAUUGCCCCAAUGAGCAGCAGGAGAAGCGGAGUUGGGGUGAUGGCUUACGGGAACCAAGUGUACGCGGUUGGAGGCUUUGAUGGGAACAGCCGGCUCCAGAGCGUGGAAGCGUACAACCCUAUCACCAACGCCUGGCACGCCGUGCCCUCCAUGCUAAACCCACGCAGCAACUUUGGCAUUGAGGUGAUGGACGGCCUGUUGUUCGUGGUCGGGGGCUUCAAUGGGUUCAGCACCACCGUUGCCACCGAGUGCUACGAGGAGGACACCAACGAGUGGUACGACACCCAAAGCAUGGGCAUCCCCCGCAGCGCCGUCAGCUGCUGCGUGGUGCCAGGGCUCUCCAAUGUCAUGGAAUACAUCGCCAGGCAACACGACCACCACAGCUCCUCCACGGACAUCUUGUUCACCAGGUCAGCUCGGAGCUCACUGUUGUAA